UACGUUCUUCUACAACCAUCAAGUUCUUGCAACAAAAGCACUUUCAAGUUCUCCAACACACUUUCUUUCAAAUUAUUUCCAAAUUUCUCAUUUUUAAGCUCAUGGCACCCCAUGGAGAGGCCAUUGUCACCUCGUACUCUAGGACCAACAACAUGCCCUCCAACAAGCCUCCCAGGCUCUCCACCGAUGGCAUUCAGCGAUCAAAAUCCGACAUUUCGUUCCAACUUUGCAAAGAAGACAUGGAUGUUACACUCCCACCAAUAUCCGAGGUUGUAGAUGCCAAAUGUGAGUGUUGUGGCAUGUGUGAGGAGUGCACACCGGAGUACAUAGACAAGGUGAGGAGCAAGUUCUCAGGGAAGUGGAUAUGUGGGCUUUGCUCCGAAGCUGUAAAGGAAGAGGUGGGAAAGAAUGGAGGGAAAAGUGAGGAGGCUUUGAGUGCUCAUAUGAGUGCUUGUGUCAGGUUUAACAAGCUUGGUAGGGCUUAUCCAAUUUUGUACCAAGCUGAGGCGAUGAGAGAGAUUUUGAAGAAGAGCGUGAGGUUGGAUGGGAGAGGCAGUCGAUCAAAAUCUAUCAGUCCUAGGGACAAAGGUGGGGUGAAGAGUGGCGGGAUUACUAGGAGCUCGAGUUGCAUUUCUGCAAUUACAAGAGAGAUGAGUGAUCUCACAUUUUCCAAAUGAGUCUUGAACUACCCAUUAGGGAUAAGAACAUAGUUUUAUUUUACAUUUUAACCGUCUAGAAAUGAUUAAUUAGCAUGGGAUUCUCCGUUAUCUUAAAUUUCUCUGUUCUUAUAUCCUAAUGCACUUCCAAUCUUAGUAGGUUCAUUUCUUGAGAUUCCAUCAAAACAAAAGGAUUUGUUGCUACCUUUUUACCCUUUAGGGUUUUUUUUAGGGUUGCUCCAAAUUCUAAUACCCAUUUUUUCACCCAUGGGGUUUUUCCUUGCCUCAGUUGACUACUACACAUAGUUGCAUUUGCCCACUAGGGUUUUGAGUCAGUAAGUCUUGCACAACCAUCCUCGCCUUAAUUUCUUUAGAUAUUAUGUAUUUGUUCUAUUUCUAUGAUUCUAGUCUUGUAAAUCUACUUCCUCUCUCUCUCAACCUUGUUGUGUGUGAGUGUUUUUCAAGACCUUGUUUUUAUAGAUCAAAGAAAAGAAACUGGAAAGGCUAUAGAGGCAGAAGGACAACCGGUCUCCAGAUUAUGACGACAAAGAGACAAAAGAUUCAAGGAUAGAAGAUUUUAUAAUUAAGUCCAGCAUAAGUCCAUUACAAAUCUUGUAUUCCAUGCAAUUAAGCUAUAUCUAGAAGUCUUUAGUAGUAAGUUGUAAAGUCCAGCCUCAAGUCAUGCUCAAACCAUGAGGUCUAAUCUAAUCUAUGGCUUGAUUUGUACUCAGUCAAUGAAUCUGAUCUUAAUCAAAUAAAUUUUUAGUUGUAAAUUUGUUGUGUUCA